AUGACCCGUGUUUCUCCACCUUUGGAAGAAAACGAAGAUGCAUGGCUUACCCUUUCACUCUCUCCAGUUUCAAUGCCACAGCCACAACAGUCACAGCCAUUAGUACCACCAAUGCAUCCAUUCUCAUCACCCCAAGAACCCCAUCAAGAAAUGCUGAUGCUACUCCAUGAAUUUGAUCUUCCAUCGAAAGAACAUCAAGAACAAGAAGCUGGUCCCUCUUCUAACCAGAUACGUGCACGUAGGAAACCGGUUCGGGGAAUGAAUCAGCGUAAGAGUGAGACAAUAAUACCACCAUACCCGUGGGCUACUACAAAACGUGCCACCCUUUAUAGUCUUGACCACUUGUUAUCACAUGGCAUGAGGACAAUCCCUGGAACAAUGAAAUGCAAAGGCUGCGAUAAACAAUAUGAUAUUGAAUUUGAUUUGCUAGAAAAGUUCAAUCAUGUUUCUCAAUUUAUUGAAGAGACCAAGACCAACAUGUUCCAACGGGCACCAAGUACUUGGAUGAGUCCUGUGCUCCCAAUCUGUAAGCUCUGUGGCCAAGAAAAUAGUUUGAAGCCUCUGAUUACAAAGAAGAGAACAAUCAAUUGGCUCUUCUUGCUUUUGGGCCAAAUGCUUGGAUGUUGCACCCUUGCACAUUUGAAGUAUUUCUGCAAGCAUGCAAAUCUUCACAGAACUGGAGCCAAAGAUCGUGUGCUUUAUCUGACUUAUAUGGGGUUAUGCAAACAACUCAAUCCAGAGGGACCCUUCGACACCUAG